UCGUGCUCUGGACCGGAGAUGACACUCCCCAUGUGCCCAAUGAGCAGCUCGGAGAAGAAAAGGUUCUGCACAUAAUAGCAAAUCUGACUUCUCUGAUAAAGGAGACAUUUCCAGGUACCAAGGUCUAUGCAGCGAUGGGCAAUCAUGACUUCCACCCCAAGAAUCAAUUUCCUGGGAAGAAGCACAGGAUCUACAACCAGACAGCGGAACUGUGGCGGCCCUGGCUGAGUGAUGCCUCCCUUCCUCUCUUUAGAACAGGAGCUUUCUACAGUGAAAAGCUGCCUGGCCCAGGGAUGAGGGGACGGAUUGUUGUCCUCAACACCAACCUGUACUAUGACCAGAAUGAUGAGACAGCUGGUGAGGAGGAUCCUGGGGGGCAGUUCCAGUGGCUGGAAGAAACCCUGACCAACGCCUCUAGAGCAAAUGAAAUGGUCUACAUUGUGGGGCACGUCCCUCCUGGCUUCUUUGAGAAGAAACGGGGCAAGCCCUGGUUCCGCAAGGGCUUUAACGAGCGCUACCUGGGAAUUGUGCAGAAGCACCACAGGGUGAUCGCUGCCCAGUUCUUUGGGCACCACCACACUGACAGCUUUCGCAUGUUCUACAGCGACACAGGUACUCCAAUCAAUGUCAUGUUCCUGGCCCCUGGAGUGACUCCCUGGAAAACAACAUUACCUGGAGUGAGCAAUGGAGCCAACAACCCUGCGAUUCGGAUGGUCCACUAUGAUCAGGACACCCUUCAGGUCUUGGAUAUGGUGACUUACUACUUGAACCUUACUCAUGCCAACAUGAUGGCCUUGCCACGGGAGGAAGAGUUCCCAGUGUGGGAAGAAGAGUACAGGCUGACAGAAGCCUUCCAGGUCCCUGAUGGCUCUGCAAGCUCCAUGCAGAAGGUGCUGGAGAGGAUCUCGAGGGACCCACACUAUUUGCAGCUGUACUAUGAGUUUAACUCUGCCAGAUAUGACCUGGAGCCGUGCAAGCAGGAAUGCCGUGUGGAUCACGUGUGUGCCAUCAGGGAAGUUGAUUUUAUAAAGUAUGAUGAGUGUGUGAAAACCAACAGCUCUGCCCUUGCUGCCAGCAGUGUUUGGCUUUUGGUUUUCUGCGUGUUCUUAGGAUUUCUCAGUCCUCAGCAAGUGCUAUGAUGGCCAAGAGCAGGAGAAAAGGAGGAGGGCAUGAGAUGACACUACCCUGCACAUGAAUUGGUGAUUUUGGCAUUGAGAACUUGCUUGGAAGCCAGGACAAAAUUGUCAGUGUUUACUAAAAGGCCUGUGAUGCUGAUUUGAAUUUUUCUAGAUAAGCUUGAUGUAUGAAGAGCAACGUUUUUGAGAGCCUUGUUGUGCCAAAGUGACUGCAACAAGGAGUGUCCCCCCUCUGCUGGGACUGCUGGGGCAGCCUCACAAAUCAGAUGAAGACCAGGCCUCCCUGUGGGCAUGAACUGGCAAGGGGUGAGGGUAGGGAGCUGCCACAGGUUCCAGAGGCUGUUGCCAGCAUUCCUCAUGUUGGCACACACUUUUGCAAGUUUGCACAGAGGAAGUCGUGUUGUGGUGGUUUUGCUCCACAGCAGCCUGUGGCUUAUGAGCAAAGCAAGGUGGGGUGGCAGUGUCUGGACUUGUGCAAACUUUGGUGUUUCAGUGCUGAAGAUGAAGUACAGAUGAUUUGUGCCUCACUGUUGAGCAUAAAUAGCUCUCCACUCUCUUCUGUGCUCUCUUCACUCAGCUCCACUGUGUUCCCUCCCUCAGCUGGGCUUGGCAGCAGUGAGAUCUGAGGUGGUGAUUUACAGCCUUGGGUUUGCCAGCUGUGCUGAGGCCCUGGAGGGAGCCAGUGCAGUGCUGGUAUUGGACUCCAGGUGUGGGUGGAGGGGGAGCAGGAUCAGUGCUCUGUGUGUGAAAGUGGCUCUGGGCUCUCCUGGGGCCCUGAUGGGGGGGAUGGAAGGGAGGAAGCUCUGUUCUGUGAUGUUGGAACGUCAGAUACCCCUUACUGCUUUACAGGUUCCAGGACCUUUGGGGAAGGGUUACUUAACAACUGCAACCCAAACCUGAAGGUGUUGAUCCUUACUCCAUGCUCUUACUUCACACUCCCUCCAGUAUUCCCUCUCCCACACCCAGCAGGUAAAGCCCAGAGCCACCACACAGCUCCUAUGUGUGAAGACCUGUACAGAAACAUUGCUGCCCCUUUAUCUACCACCGAUUGAGACUUUUGAGAGUAAAAAAUUUCAGAUGA